ACUCAUGAUUUGUGGUCACAAUAAACAUUUUAACAAGCCUCCAAGCUAGCUACCUAACGUUAACAUACCGUCGUAGCAGCAGUAGCAGCUUGUUUUGCUGGCGAUAUGGAUUCAAAAGGUCUCAAUCUCCCUCUAUCCUCCUUGUGUCUCCUGGUUCCACCAAUACGCUUGAUGUCAGCAUCCAUGUGGCAAGUGGCUGAGCAGCGUAAUGUGAUGCAGUAUGGGAAGCUGGAGGAGUUUGUGACUUUGGUGACAGAGAUGGUUCCAGAGCUGCUAAGCUCCAGGCAGAGGACCCAACUCAUUCUAGGACUGAGAGCAAGGCUGGUUCUUGAGUUGUGCUGUGGUAAAGAGGACAUGGUGGACCAUCAAACCAUCCAACGCCACUUGGAUAGAAUCCAGUCAUGCACAGUAAAGCACAAAGCGAGCAAAAACAAGAGAGUGGAGGCAUCAAAGUCUAACUUUGUGGAGCUGGUCCAAACCCUGCUGGAAGACCCAGCGAAGAGGGAACACUUUUUUCAGGAGGUGUUCCCAGUGCAGUAUGGUACUAAGUAUGACACAGCACUGCAGAUUCUGGUGUGGGAGUUCUUCUCCAGAUUGGAGGAGCUGCUGCCGGUGCCCAGCUUUACACAGACAGCAUCUUGUCUCAGCCUUGCCUUCUCUGACCUGGAGGAGUGUGUUCAGUCUGUCUCUGACCCUGAGCACCUGAAGACACUGCUACAGCAUCAAAGACACCUUGGACACCUAAACAGAGAUCAUUUGUUCUACGACUCUGACACCAUCCUGUCCGCUCUGUCCCUCACUUCCUUGGUAAACUCUAAACAAACUUCAGUGGAGGCUCGAGGUCGUGACUGUAGGAAGAAAGAACAGGAGGGUGGAGAAGAGUGGCGACCAGAAAUCAGUUACAAUGGAACCUAUAAGGGAACUGAUGAGGGCGUUGAACGACUUGAAGAGGCUGGUGAAUCCAGUUCUGGACAGCAGAAACCAGGAUCAUCACUACACGCUCGUCCAGUGCCUGUAGACGAACCGGAUAGUGACAUGCCCUCCCAGGUCUUCUCCUGCCCCCAGUGCCCAUUCUCCCACAGGAGAGAGGUGAACCUUCAGCAGCACAUCAGGAAGGAACAUCUAACAGAGGAGGACAGCAGGAGCCUGGACUCUGGAGGAGCUGAGAACUCACUGCCGUCCAGUCAAACAAUACAGAGACCCUCAAUCAAGACAACCAAGAAGUACAUCUGCUUUAAAUGUGGAAAGGGUUUCAGAAGCCCAUCGGACCUGAAACGACAUAAGGGUGUUCACACAGACAUGCAGCCGUUCCAUUGCAACCAGUGUGAUAAAAGAUUCAAAGCGAAGGGUAGUCUAAAACAGCACCAACGAGUUCACUCAGGAGAAAGGCCUUAUGAUUGCUCACAUUGUGGCAGGGGGUUUAGGACAUCCGAUAUCUUAAAAUCUCAUUUACGCAUUCAUACUGGGGAGCGACCUUAUGGGUGUACAAUAUGUGGGAAGAGAUUUAUUCAACGGCAAGUACUAACAAGACACAUCAGGAUGCACAGUGGAGAGAAACCAUACUUGUGUAGCAUUUGUGGAAAGACCUUCGCUUGCUCAGGGGAACUGAUGGUACACUCAAGGAUCCACACAGGGGAACGACCGUAUCAUUGUGAACAAUGUGGGAAUACUUUUAGUCUAGCAAGUAAACUGAAAGUGCAUCAGCGAAGUCAUACAGGCGAACGCCCAUACCCCUGUACACAGUGCCCCAAAGGCUUCUCCACRUCCAKCAGACUAGUGAAYCACAUGCGAAUUCAUACUGGYGAGAAACCUUACCCAUGUGUAAAGUGUGGCAAAAGAUUCUCUGAAAGGGGAAACAUGAGAAUACAUCAACGAAUGCAUGAAAAAGAGAGAAAAGGUCGACAAAUGUAUUGAUAAACCAACACUAAGCUGUUGAAAUGUUAUUUGGAGAUUCUGCUCUAUAUUUACAUUUAACAUUUAAGUCAUUUAGCUGACGCUCUUAUCCAGAGCGACUUACAAAUUGGAAAGUUCAUACAUAUUCAUCCUGGGGAUUCAUCCUGGGGAUUCAUCCUGGGGAUUCAUCCGUGGGGAAUGAACCCACAACCCUGGCGUUGCAAGCGCCAUGCUCUACCAACUGAGCCACACGGGACCACUAUAUAGUUCUCUGCUACAUUUUCAGGUGAUUAUGACAUGUUUGUAGAUCUUCUAGUUUGUCAUAAUACCAGGCGGUGUAACUUACUUCAGAGAUGAUUGGCAAAAUUUGUGUUCUAAAUAUUGUAACCAUUAUCUAAAUAUUGUAACCAUUCUGUAAAAUGUUAAAGUUAUGUCUGGUUAUAUGCGAACAGAUUUGAUUUUACCCUGAAAUAAUUCCCUGAGUUCAAUGCUUCCCAUUUGGAAAACUAACAAUGGGCAAAAACACUAUUGUAAACCACAUUUCUAAUAUAGCAGGACAUCUUAAACAAUACCCUCAAAUAAAAAGUGUUUACACACUUGGCACCA